CUUACUCUGCAUGAGAGAAUUCAUACUGGAGAGAACUCCUACAACUGUGAAGCAUGUGGCAAAGGUUUUCGUUACAGAUCAAACCUUUUGAUACACAAGAGAUUUCAUACUGUAGAAAAACCCUACAAAUACGAAGAAUGUGGCAAAGUUUUUAGUGAAAGAGCAGGCAUUACUGUACACCAGGGAAUUCAUACUGGAGGGAAGCCCUACACAUGUGAGGAAUGUGGCAAUGGUUUUAACCAAAGAUCAUCUUUUAAGGAACACCAGAAGAUUCAUACAGGAGAGAGGCUCUACACAUGUGAAAAAGUGGCAAAGGUUUUAAAUGUAGAUUAUAUAUUAAGAAACACCAGAGAAUUCAUACUGCAGAGAAGCCCUACAACUGUGAAGCAUGUGGCAAAGGUUUUCAUUACAGAUCAAACCUUUUGAUACACAAGAGAUUUCACACUGGAGAAAAAACCCUACAAAUGCGAAGGAUGUGGCAAAGGAUUUAAGCAAGGAGCACAUCUUAAAGAACACCAGAAAAUUCAUUCUAGAGAGAAGUCCUACAAAUCUAAAGAAUGUAACAAAACUUUUAAUGAAAUGCAAAAACUUAUUCAUACUGGAGAGAAGCCCUACCAAUGUGGAGGAUGUGGUAAAGCUUUUAAUCAAGAAUCCUACCUUAUUUACUACCAGGGAAUUCAUACAGGAAAUAAUCCCUAAACAUGUGGAGAAUGUGGCAAAGGCUUUCAUUACAGAUCAAACCUUACUGUACACCAGAGAAUUCAUACUGGAGAGAAGCCCUACAAAUUUGGAGAAUGUGGCAAAGGUUUUUGUCGAAAAACAAACCGUAAUAGCCACCAAAGUAUUCAUAUGGAGAGAAGCCUUACAGAUAUAAAGAAUGUGGUGAAUGUUUUUCUCAAACAUGGCAACUUAAAGUACACCAGAGAACUCAUACUGCAGAGAAGCCAUAGAACUGUAAAGAAUGUGGCAAAGCUUUUAGUGAAAGAUGAAAGCUUGCUGAACACCAGAGGGUUCAUACUGAAGACUGGCCCUACACAUGUGGUGAAUGUGGCAAAGGUUUUUCUUACAGAUCAAACUUUAUUCAACACCAGAAAAAUCAUGCUGGAGAGAAGCCCUAGCAAUGUGAAGAAUGUGGGAAAGGUUUGAAGUAAAGAGCACAUCUUGAAGAUCACCAGAAAAUUCAUACUGGAAAGAAGCCCUGCAUAUGUGAAGAAUGUGGCAAAAGUUUUAAAGGUCAUAUUUUAAGAAACAUAAGAAAAUUCAUACUGAGAGCAGCCCUACAAAUGUGAAGAAUGUGAUAAAGCUUUUUGUUGUAGGUCAGUACUUGCUCAACACCAGAAAGUUCAUACUGGAGAGAAACCCUACAAAUGUGAAGAAUGUGGCAAAGGUUUUAUCCAAAGAUUAUACUUUAUUGACCACCAGAGAAUUCAUACUGGAGAGAAGACAUAGCAUUGUAAAGAAAAUGGCAAAGGUUUUGAUUGAAGUUCAUGCUUUACUCUACAUCAAAAAAUUCAUACUGGAGAAGACCUUUGUAAAUGAAACAUUGUGCCAGUGACUCUAAGGAUGUUAAACCGUUAUUCCACACCAGAGGAAUUACAGCAAGUAGAAAUAGAAAUGUUAAAAAAAGUGAAAAAUUUCCCAACAGUUGUUUAUUCACACCUUAUUCCACCCCUGAAAAUUUAUACUUUGAAAGUAUAAGUGGAAAAAUUAUCACAAAACUUUUAGUCAUCAUUCAAACAUUACUAAGAAUUGAAGAAUUCAUAGUGCAUACAAACCCUAAAAUUGUAAGUAAUGUGUCCAAGCCAUUAAUCAAAUUUCAAAUAUUCUUCAAAAUAUGAAAUUUCAUACCUGUAGUGAACGUGGAAUAACAUUUGUCCAAAAUAUAUACCAUUGAUAACAAAAUACUUAAAAUAAAAAUCCUUUUCAAACAUAAAAAAAUAAAAAUUAAAAAAAGAACACUGUGUUUUAAGUGUCCUCCAUUGAAAAGUGGACACGUCUCUGACACACUUUUUAUUUGGGGGGUAUUAUUUAUGGGGAAUUACAGCAGGUAUGUGAUAGUAUUCUUUUCCUCAUCAUUUUUGUGAAUAAGGAUAAGAUAGUUAUUCCAAGUGCAGAUGUUUCCCACUUGUAUGAAUGGAUGCUGGGUGUCCCCUGCUGCUUGCAUGUGUGCAUAUUAUGCUUGACACUAAUAUUGUACUUGAUGAGUGGCAGGAAGUCAGUACUGAAGUUGAACUCUUAUUUUCUAGCAGCUGGGCUCAAGAUCCUUGGUGUGCCUUCUGCAGUUCUGGCUGCGCUCUUCAAGUUCUUCAAGGAAGAAAGUGCCUUCAAACACCUGUGCACCUGGGAAUCCAGGCAUCUGCUUCACUUCAGAAGAAGCAUUCAUGAUUCAUUUCAAGAAGACUUGAGCAGGAAGAACUGAGCUUCAGGUAUACCGCAGGUACCUUGCAUUGCAGAUGGGUUAGAAGAGAGAAGAGCUGCUUCAUGGGAUUUUAUCACAUUUUUCCUGAAAGUCCCACACACAGUGGGCAGGUGCUUGAAUCCUCUCCUUGAAGGUUUGCAGGCCUAAAGACCAGAUGUGUCCGGAUGUUGACUUGAAGGAUAUCAGCUCCUAUAAGCCCUCAUCUUGGUGGUAGUUGUUCCUCCCCUGGAUGCAAAGCAAGAAAAUGCAGUUGGCCCUGUGUCCAUCCUCCUCCUUCCACAUACCCAGCAGCUGCAAAUCAAAACUAUCAGGAAAGAAAUUGUAUCCUGUGGACAUUUACUUGUCAUUGUUUCCUAGAUCAUACAGGGUUAUGGAGAAUUACAUUGCGAUUUUAUUGUAUUAGGUGUCAGAAACAUCAUUAUAGGUAGAAGAUAUGGAAAUACUCUGGCAUUUUUAAAAGAGACUUGAGCAUGUGAGGACUGUGGUGUUCUCUGUGCACUUGGAACAGACCUCCUGUGUAUUUCCUGUGAUGUUUCUGAUUUCCAGACUUGAGAACCUUUAGGGCUUCACUGUGAGUCAGCCCCAUGGAAAUGCAGUAUGUGGGCAGUCAGAGGUGGUGUGCAGAACCUCAGUGAGGGCUUGAAAGACCACAUCCCACACUGCAACCAGGAGCAGAGAAGGGAGCCCUCUCCCCAUGUUGUCACUUUAUCUCUUGUUUUAUAACAAGAUCAUGUCUUAUGAAAUUUUGCACACAUUCUGAAUAAUUCCCAUACGUUUGGAUGAUCUGGGAAGCAUAGAUUUCAUUGUUUUUUCUCCCAUAUGAUGUGUUACCAGGUGGGAACUUGAAGACAUGAUCAGGCCAUGGAGUCUCCUCAUUUGGGAAGGGGCUACUCAAAGAAAUCCUUGUUCCUGUUUUACCUUCUGCCACAGGAGGACACAAGAAGGUUUUCAGAUGGUGAAAAUGAUCUGUUUCUGAACACGGAUGAGCCCUGUGGGAUAGAGACGCUUGAAGGUAACAGAGAGGCAGAGCUCAUGAACCAGCUGGUGCCUGUCUUUUUUGGUAGGAACCCCGACUGGGGCAGCACCUUCAGGUCUAUUUACUCAGCUUUCAUCACCAGCCAGCAGGUGCUGGAGCUGCUCUUCCCAAGUGCCGUGCCCAUCAACCCGGGUACCUGGAUGGAGCAGUACAGCGAGGCUUUCCAUCAGCCUCUAGGCCUCAUGAUUCUCCAGCUGCUGCUGCCUUACCUUCAACUGUACAUGGGUGGCUUGAAUCUGGAGCGCCAAGCACACCACCUGCUGGCACAGCUGGAGGAUGGCAAGUCCAGCGAGGCAGAGCCUGAGUUCCAGGAGGCCUGGGCUACAGACUCACUUCCAAUGCCCACCCCAGGGCUAGAGCCUCAUCAAGGAGCUGCUCUUGUGGCCAGUGAAGGAGCAGCACCAUCGCCAGAGGCAGAGCUCAAGUCCAGUACCCCCAAGGUCUCUGCUCCGAGCUCCACAGUACCUCUGUACAACCAGCGACUACUCCUUCGCUGGUGUGCCAUGGACACUGGAGGCUGGGCAAUGACCAUGGAGGGUGUGGCAACUGAGCACCAGUUCCUCCACCUGGGUGGAGAGGUGGCCGUGGAUCUUGGGCAGCAAGGGCUCUAUUGA